AUGAAAGUCACGCUUGGUCAAACAGAUAGAUGCCACCCGGACACUACUUCAGUGAAUAUGAGUGUUGACAGAAUUAUGAUACAUCCAGAGUACAAUCCCGGAUCAAGAGCUCACGAUAUAGCUCUCAUCAGGUUAAAUACACCUGCCAAGUUGGAUAAAAGGAUUUCACCUAUUUGUCUACCUUCCGCAAACUAUCGCUAUGUAAAUCAAGUGGGUAUUGUAUAUGGAUGGUCCGAUAAUAGUAACAUAACGUGCCGAGCUAAAAAGGUCGGACUACCGAUUUUAAGCGCAGAAGAAUGUCUAAAGGGAUUUAAUGAUCCAGAAUACAUUACGAGUGAUAAAGGCUGCUUAGGCGUACCUGGUUCAGUUUCUCCUGUAUGCAAAGGUGACUCAGGUUCUCCGGUAAUGUACAAAUCAAAACACGGAAGCUACGAUAUAGUAGGUGUGCUUGGGGAUAAAAAUGAAUGCGAAGAGAUAAAUUUGGCGACUUACGCAAGCGUUGUCGACCACCUGCCUUGGAUUCUACAGAAUACAAAAGAUUCUUGUUUUUGCAGCAGACUAAAUUUACAAUUACCUAGCUUGCCUAAAGGACCCUUGAAAUUAUUCGAGUUAUAA